CGGUUGUGUUGUUCAGCAGGUAAGCAUUUUAUCAUGGCAUUUAUUGGCAAAAAAAAGUCUCAACAGUGUUUAAAAUGGCAACCUUUCAACAGAAGCACUCAAACUUUAAUGAAACAAAAUGAAAGCUGUGACAGGGGAAUUUAGAGGCGCUGUAAGACAAAAGACUGAAGGUUUCCAGACUCCCUCCUCAAAAUCCCCAUCCACGUCCGCCUACCUUCAGGGACUAACCACUCCAGGUCCAGGUGGAGGACCAAUUCUUGAGAUCACAAACAACAUCACAGCAGUCCUGGGGGAAGAGGAGUACCUGAGGUGUAGAUAUACGGUCGAUAGUGAGGUCCUGAGCGCUGUAUGGAAACGGCAGAUUAACUCUAGAAUUAAAUCCAAACCACUGGCAGGAUAUAUGGAUGGUGAACCUUUUAGCCGCAAUUCUGAUAUCUCUGAGCCAGAGUCUGCCACCAACCUGACGGUAAAGAUGAGUGUGUCCAGUGUGAAGAUAGAGGGAGAGUACCUCUGUGAGUUUGAGACAGAGGAAGCGUUUUACACUGACAGCGUUUACGUCACUGUUGUAGCUCGGCCUGAAAUCUACACCCAGCUGAAUGCAGAGACAUCAAACGGCACUCACUACCAGUCAGUCUCCUGCUCUGCUGUCGGCGGCAGGCCUGCACCCCAGAUCAGCUGGUUGGUUGGCGGCCUUCCCCCUGUGGAUCAUCAUUUCACCAUAGACGUAUACAAAGCUGUUCAUUCAAACGGCACCUCCACCCUGAGCAGCGUCCUCCACUUCCCAACCCACCUACAGGACGAGGACAGUGUCAUCUGCGUCGUCCAGCACCCGACACUCCCGUCCCCCUUACUCACCACAGUGAGGGUGGAAACGUACACGAGGCCAAAUGUGACCAUUAAAGCAGAGAUGGUACAACGAGGAGGAAGUGACUUCUGGGUGGUCUCCUGUAUUUCGUCUGGAGGGAGACCUGAUACUGAAAUCUCCUUGGCUUUGAACAGUGAAGAGGAGCUGCAGAGGGAGAUCGGCACAGACUCAGGCACACAAACGAGCUCAGUCCUCCUACCUGUGACUGAGUACGAGGGGCACAACGUCACCUGUGUGUUUGACCAUCCCAAAUUUACACACACAGUGACACAAGUCAUAACCCUGCCUUCUUUCUAUUUGUCAGGAGUUAAGUUGUUGUACUCAGACCUGCAAAGCAACAGCGAUGACCACCAAGACACUGAAGUGUUAGAGCUGCAGGAAGGACAGAGGGACACUGCCAUCAGCCUGCAGGCCAUCGGGAAUGUGCCUCAUUACAACAUUACCUGCAAAAAGGAUGAUGGGCCCAUGCCUGAGGAUGUGGAGAUCACUGGCAGCAACUUCACACUUCAGGGUCCUGUGGGGCUCCAGCAUGCCGGCCUGUAUGAGUGUUUCCUCUCUUAUCGCCAUCUUCAAGCUGUGCAGAAGUUUAACGUUACAGUGAAACCUCGAGUUUUACAGCCUGUUCCUCCCGUUAUACGGCUCGAUAUGCAGACCAAAGAUGGACGCCAGGUGAUUGAGUGCUCAGCAGCUGAUGCUGUUCCUGCAGCCAACAUGUCCUGGCUCCUACUGGAGGGUGUGUCUGGAGUCUCUUGGUUCAAUUUCACUUCUCAUAAUGGAAGCCACUCAGUCAGAGGAGUUUUACUCCUCCCUGCCUGCUCGCCUCGGGAGCUCUCUGCAGAGUGUGUGAUAAAUCACCCUGCGUUCGAGGAGCCACAGAACAGAAGUAUAACACUCCCUCUUUGCGCUCACCCCAACAUCACUGUCAACUCCAGCACCGAGUGGAAAGACGGUGACGAGUACACAGAGGUGGACUGCUCUGUGGAAAGUGUUUUUACUGCAGCAAACAUAACCUGGCGUGUUGGAGACACUGACAGCAGCAUCAGUUCUCUCUCAGACACUAAAGUGCACACUGAUGGUGUGGUUUCUUCCCGUAGCUCUGUGCACUUUCUGUCCUCUUUGUAUUCUGGUCACAAUUUGACCUGCAUGGUGGAGCAUCCGAGCCUGGAGGCAGCAGAAAAAAGAACAGUCCACAUUCUUGUGCACAAAGCCCCUCAGCUGAGUGUGUCAGUGGUGGUGAGACAGAAAGACUCUCCGCUCUGGCUGGCUGUGUGUGACUGCAAAGGGGCGGGUGUCGGGACAAACCUCGCCUGGGUUCUUCCUGAAAAUGCUGAAGAGCAAACAUCGCUGCACACGGAGUCCGAAGGCCUGGUCCUGAAAGCCAGGCUGACUUAUCAGUUUCCUUUGGCUCUUCAUGAGGGGCAGAACCUGACCUGCGUGUAUCGUUCUAAACUUGGAGCCGCAGAGAAGAAGACCAUUCACAUCCCUGAAUACCAUAUUUCCUCUGUGAGUGUUCUGGAUCACACGACUCCUCUGCAAAGCUACCACAGACGUGAACCGGUCAUUCACAAACUGUCUCUUCAAGAAAAUCAUCACAACCAGAGAAUACUGCUGAAAGUCAAAGGCAACGUGCCGCAGUACAACCUCAACUGUAACAGGAGUGAUGGCUCAUCUGUCAAAAUGGAUGGGUCUGCAAUGGUCUUCCCAUCAGAGCUGACAGAGCGGGAUGAAGGUCUGUACACCUGCCAGGCUUCGUUCUAUCAUCAUACAGCCAAAGUCGUCAUUCAAGUGGAGAUCUCGAACCCGGACAAACUGUUUGCUCUGAUGACUAUCAUCUGCAUGUCCUCAGCCUUAGCCAUCCUCCUCUUCCUCGUGGUCACUCUCUGGGUGUGCUGCAAAAGAAAUUGCAGGCCAGAAUAUAAGAAGCGGGAGUCUCUCUCAGCCUUGACAACCCUGAUGCAGGAGCCGGCCUCUCCUGAGUCCAAGAAACCCUCAGUGUCCGAAAAGGACAGUAAGGAAUACGCUCAGCUGAUCAAUUACUCCAUCGUCAUCGACGUUAAGAGUAAUGUGUGAAGACCAAAGGUGUUUUGAUUUCAUGUUUGCAGGCUAUAAAUGAAGGCUAACUGGCUCUGCUGUGUUUUUAUGUUUGAUUUCAGUGUGUAUUUUUAAAGUGUCUUCAGCAUUAAGAGUUAAAAGAUCCGGUUUACUUGCAUUAAAUGAUUAUUUUAGGGUUUAAUUGGCAUCAUCGGCUUGAAAGGCAUUAUUUUUGCACUUUUCUACAUACUUGAACUUUGUACUGUUUUGAUGAACAUGUAUUUUCUGAUAUCUGUGAAUAAAAAGACCAAAGUAUA